AUGUUUUGCGUGUUGUACACUACAUUUGAACGUACAAAGUACACUACAUUUCUCUCGGUUCAGACAGUUGCUACGUUUCUUGUUGUUAUAUAUCAUGGCGACGAUACCAAAGAAGACCCUUCGCUCGAUACCAAAGACGAUCCUUCGCACCCUCAUGCAGGAGACGCAUGGGCGUUCCCUCUCACCACCGCUCCUUCCUACGACUAUACGCUAGCCCAGGCGAAUCGGUGA